AUGAAGAUGGAGGGCUGCCUGUGGGCCAUUCUGCUGGCCUCUGUGGCCCUGACCAACCAGCAAGAUACUGUGAGAUCCCAUGUUAGGUUGGUGAAUGGAAGCAGUCGAUGCUCUGGGAGAGUGGAGGUUUAUCAUGCAGGAGAGUGGGGCACCGUGUGUGAUGAGCGGUGGGAUAUGGCUGAUGCUGCAGUGGUGUGUAGAGAGCUGGGCUGUGGUGUUGCUGUAGAGGCUCUGAGAGGAGCUCACUUUGGAGAGGGAUCAGGGAGAAGAUGGAUGUAUGGUGUGGAGUGUGAGGGAUCAGAGUCCAGACUGAAGAACUGUGAUUACUGGGUAUGGAGAGACUGGAGUACAGCAGUGUGUCCUCAUAGCAGAGAUGCUGGAGUCACUUGUUCAGAUACUGUGAGGUUGGUGAAUGGAAGCAGUCAAUGCUCUGGGAGAGUGGAGGUUUAUCAUGCAGGAGAGUGGGGCACCGUGUGUGAUGAUGGGUGGGAUAUGGCUGAUGCUGCAGUGGUGUGUAGAGAGCUGGGCUGUGGUGUUGCUGUAGAGGCUCUGAGAGGAGCUCACUUUGGAGAGGGAUCAGGGAGAAGAUGGAUGUAUGGUGUGGAGUGUGAGGGAUCAGAGUCCAGACUGAAGAACUGUGAUUACUGGGUAUGGAUAGACUGGAGUACAGCAGUGUGUCCUCAUAGCAGAGAUGCUGGACUCACUUGUUCAGGAGUCCAACUGGUGGGCCGUUCUCACUGCUCUGGGAGAGUGGAGCUGCUUCAUAAAAAGACCAGACACACUGUGUGCAGUUCCACAUUUGACCAGCAGGAUGCAGAGGUUGUGUGUCGACAGCUGGACUGUGGGGCUCCUGUAGAGGUGCUGGGAGCAGCUGCAUUUGGAGAGGGAGAGGGCCAGGUGUGGUCAGAGGAGAUCCAGUGUGGAGGCAACGAGACUCAGAUUCACCUCUGCCCAACAUCCUCUACACCCUCACACAACUGCUCUCACAAGCACGAUGUUGGAUUAGUUUGUACAGGUAGACUAAGAGAGAAUUCCAAGAAGCCUGUAAACUAUGGGGUGUGUCAUUGUUUUCUCAAUCCCACAGAUCCUGUUAGGUUGGUGGAUGGGCCCAGUCGCUGUUCUGGGAGAGUGGAGCUUUAUCAUGAGGGAGAGUGGGGUACAGUGUGUGGUGCUGAUUGGGACAGGGUUGAUACAGCAGUAGUGUGUAAAGAGUUGGGCUGUGGUGACGCUGUAGAUUCCUUCUCAGGUGCCCACUUUGGAGAGGGAGCAGGGAGAGUCUUGAUGGCUGAGGUUGGCUGUGUGGGAUGGGAGACCAGACUAAAGUCCUGUUCUCAUAAGGGAUUGGGUGAACACACAUGCCAGCCUAAAAACAAUGUUGGAGUCACCUGUUCAGAACACAGAGCUCCCAGGCUAGUGAACAGUUCCCACCGGUGUUCUGGGAGAGUGGAGGUGGAACAUGGGACCACCUGGGGAACGGUGUGUAACGCCACAUUUGACUGGCAGGAUGCAGAGGUUGUGUGUCGACAGCUGGGCUGUGGGGUUCCUGUAGAGGUGCUGGGAGCAGCUGCAUUUGGAGAGGGAGAGGGCCAGGUGUGGUCAGAGGAGAUCCAGUGUGGAGGCAACGAGACUCAGAUUCAACUCUGCCCAACAUCUCCUAUGAACCACAACUGCUCACAUGAAAUGGAUGUAGGGUUACUGUGUUCUGCCACUCUGGGGCUCCUGCUCCUGCUGCUGCUGCUGGGCUCACUGGCGUUGCUGUUUGGGAACAACAGGGCACUGAGGAGAGCUCUCUCCAAAAGGAGACACGUGGAACUGAGUGAAGCUGUCGUUGAGGAUCUGGACCACAGACUGACCACAGCCGGUUCCUCCAGAGGUCGUCAUAGAGGUGAGAGGUCAUCAAGCUAG